GUGUUGCGAACAAUCAUGGCGGACGCAGUGGAUAUUUUAUUGUCAAAAGGAUUUUUGUUCAUUUUGGUCAGUUUUUCAGCGGUCAAGGCAUCGUACGUCCAUGAACUCGACGAAAGUUUUUUACAACUUAAGAAAGAAGGUAGCUGGCUUGUGGAAUUUUAUGCUCCGUGGUGUGGUUAUUGUCGUAAGCUAGAGCCAAUAUGGGAAAAUGUUGGCAAAAACCUCCAUGGAUCUUCUGUUAAUGUUGCAAAAAUAGAUGCAACUGUAUAUAGUGGUGUAUCAAGAGAAUAUAACGUGAGAGGAUUUCCUACUAUAAAAUUUAUAAAAGGUGACAUAGUUAUAACAUAUAAUGGGGACCGUACUCUAGAAGAUAUUGUACAGUUUGCAGAGAAAGCUGGAGGACCUGCUGUAAAAGAAUUAACUAGUGGAGAUAAAUUAAGAACAGUUCAAAGAGACAGGACAGUGUUCUUUCUGUUAGUGCAAAGUUCAGUAGAAAAUGAACUUUCUAGUCAUCUAAAGGACGUCUUUUAUGGUGCAGCAGAGAAGAGAAUCACACAAGCAUAUUUUUACAGUAUACGUGACAAUCAACUCCCUAAGGGUGUAAAAGUGAAAUCUCCUGUUAUAUCUGUUUUCAAAGAUGGCUCAAACUUUCCACUUGAAGUGAACAAAGAAGUUACAGUGGAUAAUGUCACUGACUGGGUGGAUCAUGAGAAGUUCAAUGCCUUUGURCAAAUCACAAGCUCUAACAUUUAUGAAAUUUCUAAGACAGGUAAAGCAAUAGUAAUUGUUGUGUUUGCUGAGGAUACUAAAAAGAAAAAGAAAAAUGAAAGGGUUGGUAAAAUUGUGAAAGAAAUGGCUUUGAAAAACAGAGACAAAUUUCACAAUUCUUUCCAAUCUGGCUGGGUUUUAGGAGAUGACAUCACCACCAACAUUAUGAUGAGCUCUCUAAGUUCUCCAUACAUCAUGGUWUAUAAUGGUACAGAUUUUCUGUAUUAUCUCAAGUAUUAUGAAGACCUUAAACAUGACUUUAAUGAGGAAAAGAUGGUGKCUUUCCUGGAAAAUAUAUUAUCUGGUAAAGAAAAGGCAUAUGGUGGGGAUUCAUACCUUCAAAGAGUUAUUAGGAUGCUAUAUUCUUUCUUCACUACUGUAUAUGAAAUCUGGACAACUCAACCAAUUAUUGCUAGCAUCAUGUUUGGCCUUCCCAUSAURCUCUUCUCCUUUAUUAUCUACAUGCUGUGUACUGCAGAGGGUGGUGAUGACCAGGAGUUCAAUGAAGAUUAUGAUGAUGAUAACUAUGAUGAUGAUAAUGAUGCUAAAMAUAUCCCACAUCAAUCAUUACUAGAAGAAACUGAGACCACUGAGAAAGCAGGACUUAAAGCUAAGACUGAGUGAGACUGUUAGUCAACUUGACURAAGAAAUUUGGAGAGGAUUAUACAUGGGAAAGAUUGUCAUUGGAAAACACCAGGGACCCUUUCACACAAUGAACUCUUGCUUGUAGUAUUUCCUGUAUAUAUUAUAGAUUACAGAAAAAUAUGUUUAUGUAAACAAGCAUGUACAUAAUCUAGUAUCAAUUUUAUUAAAAAAUAGCGCUAGUUAGACAGGGGGGAAAAAUAUUACAAUUACAAUAUAAAAGUGACUUAGUAAACAGUAUUAUAAUAGACUAGUACAGCUUUAUGCAUUCAGUAAUUUUUUUGUUUUCCUUUGAGCUUUAUAUAUAAUAUUAUUGUAUUUAGCCUGAAUGCUCUGCAAGAUCAUUAAUUUUGUGUGAUAAGUAAUUAUCAACUGUGAAUAAAAAAUUCUUUGAUUA